AUGGAGGUCGUCACUGAAGCGACAUCAGCGGCGAUUGCGGCGGCAACUUCCGCCGUGCUGGUCUAUCCCUUAGACACGAUUCUUGUGCGUUAUCAAGCGUCAAAUCGACGGAAAGUAACAGAUCCGUACACGGCUGCCUUUCACUUCAACAAUGGACACAAGGAACUCGUGAAAAUCAUCUUGGAACUUCUCCGCGAGCAGGCGCCUGGCUCCCAUGGGCUUUCUCCAUCAAAACGUGCACCCGCUGAACAAAAGGGACGAGAGAGGUUCUCCUCGCCGGACGACUUCGUCAUUCAUAUUGUUGAGACACUGCGGAAACUGUACAAGGGCGUCGGCGUCAAGGUGUUUGAGGCGGUUGUGCGGAACUUUGUAUACUUUGUGUGGUAUAAGCUUCUGAAGGAGACCUACGAUCGACGAGGCAGGAAGCAAACUGUCGCUUCGCGGCUCCUCCUCGCAACAGCCGCUGCAGUGAUCAACCAGUGCUGCACUGCACCUUUGGAAGUUAUUUCCACAAAUGUGCAAACGACUGGCCUAGACUAUCGCUCCGUCAUUCGAAAAAUCUUCCGGCAACAGGGCAUUAGGGGCUUUUACCGCGGAUUUGCCGCCUCGUUGAUCCUCUGCUCCAACCCCGCCAUCACCAACGCCUGCUUCGAUCGCCUCAAACUCCUCCUGCAGGUGGUGGUAGCCGCUCAGGCGCGAAGAAACGUGGACCCGAUUCUCGACGAGGAAACGCCGAUCGACUUGACGCAACGCCUUGCUCCGGUCACGCCGGCCCAGGCCUUCUGCCUCGGGGCUCUCUCCAAGGCUCUCGCUACCGUCAUCACGUAUCCAUACAUUCGGUCCAAAGUCCUUCUGCACGUGCAGUGCACUCGAACUCCGCCGCGCCCGGGGUCCGGGAGCCCCGAGUGUACCGGCAGCAGCACACCUGAAAGAAUUCCCAGCGGACCAGUUGACGACAGCGACAGCAACGCGACAAGUCGAGGCCCUAGCUCGGAGGGUAGCAGCCCCGCGACGGCGAACCGAGAAGCGCUGCGAGGUCCGGCGUCCCGUCUCUCCUCGCCGUCGUCGUGUUCCUUCUCCUUUUCCGCCGCGCGCCGUCUCGGCCCUUCGGCAUCGUAUUGCACCCUAGCCUCGCAUCCAGAGAGAGCGCCGCUCCCCAGCGAAAAUGAACAACCUGCGAGCGAAGGCCUAGAGGAGCUCUCGAACAGGUGUCCAAGAGGCGAAAGAGAGACACGAGGAGAAAAGGACCAAACACAUGUCGACCCAGACCCGCUGGUCAGCGUCUUCGUCGACCCGAAUGAUAUGCUGAAAGCUGCCUCUUUCUGUCUAUCGGACAAACUGGAGUUUCCUGGAGAAGGCGAUCGCGCGUACCACGCCUUUGAUUCGCGAGGUGACUUGCUCCUCUCGAACGGGGACGAGGUUCUGGGGCCUCACGCAGCCCCUACCGAGAGAGCGGCGGGAGUGAUUGCCUUCAUGGUUUCAACGCUCGCCCAGGAGGGUUUGCCGGGACUCUAUCGAGGGUUGACUCUCCAACUCUGCAAAACACUGAUUGCGGCGGCUACCUUGUACAUGGUCAAAGAGCGAAUCAAUGCAGGGACACACCAGACACUUCAGCGCGCGUGGCGGCUUUUUCGCAAGAGCGGGACACCAUGA